CAACUAUUGGAAUUGGUAAAGUACUUAUCUCAGGUACAAAACGCAAGCGUGCAGCGAUAUCAGGUGUAACAAAACGUGAGAUUUGCCAAAAACUUUCUGCACCAAAUCCUCCUAAGCAAAAAGACUUGGCACCGGAAUACAAUAUAUCUGAACAAGCAGUUUCAGAUAUUUGGCGGGAACGAAAUAAGUGGCUUCAACUUCAGGGUGACAGUCAUAACGCACAAUCGAAAAGGGAGUGUUUACCAGGAUUUCUGAUGAUUGAGAAUGUCUUGGAUAGGUGGUUGCAAUAUGCAUUUGCAAAACAAAUGCCAUUAAGUGAUGAGGUUCUUAUAGAGAAAGCGAAGAGCAUCGCAUCUCACCUUG